AUGCCCUCGGCCAAGACGACAACGACGGCCGCCGCCGGCCCUGGGCCCGAGGCUGCCGAAGCGAAGCCCAAGAUCCUGCUGCAUCCGGUGCCCGUGUACGACUCGCCGCUGGCCAAGGGCGUCUCCGUGGGCCGCGUCGCGGUGCUGCUGGGCCUGUUGGCGUGGCAGAUGGACAAUCUCGUCGCCGACCCCGUGUCGACGCUGUGGAGGGCGCUGCCGGUAGUGGCAGCCGUGCAGGCCGUCUACGCGGUGCUGUGUAUUCCGCCCGCCGGGUCGCCGGGCAAGGCGGGCAAGAAGCCGCGGCCGGGUGAAAAGGCCCGCAAGAAUGACGGAGGAGCCAAUCCCAUUUCUAGCGCCAUCAUCGCCCUCCUCCUCUCGACGCUGACGGUUCCGGCUCUAUACGCGCUGUUUGUGCUCUUCGGCGCGCCGUUCCUCUCACACACCGCGCACACGGCGCUGUGCGCGGCGCACUUUGCGCUGCUGGGCGUGUUUCCGGUGGUGCACGCGCGGGGGCUGGACCGGACGGCGCUGGUCGCGGUGGCGGGCGCGACGGCGCCGCUGGACGAGACGUUUGGCGCGCUGGUCGGGGCGGCGGCGGGCGCGUGGCUCGGUGCGGUGCCGAUCCCGCUCGACUGGGACCGCGACUGGCAGCGGUGGCCGGUGACAAUUGUCGUGGGCGUGUACCUGGGCGCGGCGGCGGGGAGCCUGCUGGCGGGCACGGUGCUGUACGGCAAGAGGAUGGCGGGGAGCCCGGUCAAGGCGGAUUAA